CUCAUUAUCAACCCUGCAGCAACACAACAUAGCCAGCCACGCUGUGAAAAAAUAUAAAAAUUUAAGGAAAUUCUCAUUUAACUUCCAAAAUAAUUGAAAAGCAAGUUCGUAAGUGAAUCUUCGAAUUGCGGUGUGCAUACCAACAAAACUUUUGGUUUCUUCAAACGUGUUAGACAACUACGUGGGGACUUUAUUCCCGUCCAAAAAAUUCAACAUGGCCGAAGACUUUGAUGUUGAAGCAAUGCUGGAGGCGCCGUACCAAAAAAACAACGUCAGUGCGGGCAGCGCUGGACGUGGACGCGGGCGCAGCAGCGGCAGCGAGAGUGCCGGCCAUGAUGACAACGAUGAGGAUGAACGCUACACGGAAAAUGGCACGCGUUCCUCAAACGGCAACAAAAAGCGCAGCCAUCGCUCACGUAGCCGUAGUGGCUCGCGUCACAGACGCUCCAAGGAUCGUGAACGUGAGAAGGAGCGUGGCAAUGAGCGCAGUAACUAUCGUGAAAAGGAUAGAGAUAGGGAACGUGAGCGUGAACAGCGGGAGCAUCGUUAUCGCGAUGGCAAGCGCAGUAGUCGCCCACGUGACGAACGUCCCAGCGAUGACAGACGUGGCGGAGGCGGCAGCAAUGCGCGCAGUGAUCGCGAUCGUGAUCGCGAUCGACGUUCGCGAGAUCGCCGCGGCAGUAGCAAGACCAUGCAAAGAGAUGGAGACCGAAAGCGCAGUCGAUCUCGUGAUAAGCGUCGUCGCAGUCGCUCACGUGAUCAACUACGCAAGCGGAUGAGUCCCAUACGCGAACGUCGGCGCAGUCAUUCGCGCUCAAGGGAUACGAACCGCCGUCGUACCAGUUACUCACCUCGACCAUACGGUGGACGCGGGCGUGGAGGUGGAGGCGGUGGUGGCGGUGGUGGCAGAUCGCCACCUAAUGGUGUCGGCGAUCGUACAUCACCCACCGAGCUAAGUCCUGAGGAGCGCGAUGCCCGCACCGUCUUCUGCAUUCAACUAUCACAGCGUGUGCGCGCCCGCGAUCUAGAGGAGUUCUUCUCCAGUGUUGGAAAGGUGCGCGAUGUGCGUCUAAUUACGUGCAACAAGACUAAACGCUUUAAGGGUAUUGCGUAUAUUGAAUUUGAGGAUCCCGAAUCUGUGGCAUUAGCACUUGGAUUAUCGGGACAGCGUCUGCUGGGCGUACCAAUAAUGGUGCAACAUACGCAGGCAGAGAAGAAUCGACUGCAGAGUGCACCUCCUCCGUUUCAGCCCAAAGCUCACACAGGACCCAUGCGACUUUAUGUGGGAUCGCUGCACUUUAAUAUCACCGAGGAUAUGUUGCGUGGAAUAUUUGAGCCUUUUGGCAAAAUUGAUGUGAUCCAGCUAAUUAUGGACACUGAGACGGGUCGAUCUAAAGGCUAUGGCUUUAUUACGUAUCACAAUGCUGACGAUGCCAAAAAGGCUUUGGAGCAACUGAACGGCUUUGAACUGGCCGGACGCCCAAUGAAAGUGGGCAAUGUAACAGAGCGUUUGGACAUGAAUACUAGUUCGCUAGACACUGAUGAAAUGGAUCGCAGCGGCAUUGAUCUCGGUGCCACGGGACGUUUACAGCUUAUGUUUAAGCUAGCCGAGGGUGCUGGACUGGCUGUGCCACAGGCAGCGGCCAAUGCGCUGCUAGCAACAGCACCACAGCCCGCCCCAGUGCAGCAGCAACAACAGACGCCAUCCAUAGCUACUCAGUGUUUUAUACUGUCCAACAUGUUUGAUCCGCGCACCGAGACAAAUCCCACAUGGGAUACGGAUGUACGUGACGAUGUGCUCGACGAAUGUGCCAAGCACGGUGGUGUUCUACAUAUACAUGUAGACACCGUUUCACCAACGGGCACAGUUUAUGUAAAAUGUCCGAGCACAACGACAGCGGUGCUAGCGGUAAAUGCGCUGCACGGACGUUGGUUUGCUGGCCGUGUGAUUACCGCGGCGUACGUGCCAGUAAUCAACUAUCACUCGAUGUUUCCGGAUGCUAUCAGUGCAGUCGAUUUGAUUGCUUCAACACGCAAAAAUACUGACGAUUGAAACGGGAAAAGCUAUAGAUUUGUAACAGCAAAACUAUGCAACUAAAUAUUGUUAUUAUUCGUUAAACAACAAAUUUUGUAAUAAUUUUAACAUUUUUUGAAAGACUUUCCGAACUUGUGUAAUAGUCCUCCACUAGCUGAAGAAUAUAUGGGGCACAUCAGAAUACAACUGCAUUACAAUUAAAGAUAUACAUAUAUAUAUAUUUAUAUAUAUAUUAUAUAUAAAUAACAAUGUAUGCAUCA